AUGUUUUUAGGCUUCACGGCUUUUUCUCACUUUUACGUGAUUUCCCCCAACAUUUCCAGGGUUAUGUAUCCAUGUACCCUCGACCUCAGAGAACUUGGACUGACCACCAACCCUUUCCCAACAGUUUGGCGUAUUGAUCCCACCGCUAUGUCGAUCGGUUCUUAUAUCUUGUCGGGCAUCAGCUCAUUUGUGGUGGUGACACUAUCUCUCUUCGCCCUUGGCCAGAAGGUUCCCCGCGCAGCGUUUCUCGCCCGCUGUCUCGCCGCAUAUGGCUCCCUUCUCCUAUGUGCAACCUAUGGAGUUGCCGCGUCCAUCGUCCUCCGCAUCGCAGGCUACGGCCGAAUCUCCCAAUGGGCCACCGCCCGCAGCUUCAAAUGGGUGAUGCGCUUUACCACCGGAGUUUGCUUCGACAUCGUGGAGGGUGAGGAACAUCUCUCCACCCGCCCUGCCAUCUUUGUCGCUCGACGUCCUCAUGCUUGGCAAUGUCUUCCCCCCUACUGCAGUGUCACGGCCAAGAAGUCCCUUCGCAAUAUUCCAUUCCUCGGUUGGUUCAUGUGGUUGUCUCGCACUGUCUUCAUUGACCGAGCGAAUCGUGAAACUGCUAUGAAGGCCUUCGAUGGUGCUGUGGAUGAGAUGAAGACCCAUCAGCAAAGCGUCUUCAUCUUCCCCGAGGGCACCCGGAGUUACUCCGAUGAAGCUAUGUUGCUGCCUUUCAAGAAGGGUGCUUUCCACCUUGCCAUCAGGGCUGGUGUGCCUAUUGUUCCCGUUGUUACGGAGAAUUAUGCGCAUAUCAUGUCGCCUCGCGCCUGGCGCUUUGAUGCAGGCACUAUCAGGAUCAAAGUUCUUCCACCCAUUGAAACUAAGAACAUGACCGCUGCGGAUGUUGAUCAACUCACCACUUUGACACGGGAUUCCAUGCUGAAGUCCAUCCUGGAAAUGGCACAGACCCUAGAAAACAAGGUCGAGCCACAGGCCAACGGUGUGUCAACUGCCAUCGAGAUCUGAUGGCCAUAUUUU